UAAUCCUGUCAGAUGGAAAGAAAAUUGUAAAUGCUCUCUCCAGAAACUGUCCGCCCAUCGCCGCUCUAAUCGAACACAAACGCACAAAUAGAGACACCACUCUCACUCUGCUGCUACACACAGCGGGUGAGGGCGCGGAGACCCUGGGAGCAGGCGCGCGGGGCACACACACACACACACACAAUCUCGCACACACGCACAAGCGCGCACACGCACACACGCACACGCCAGCCUGCGGUGCGAGCUUGGCCAGAGCCCUGAAGUCGCAGAUCCCACUAGGAAAUCGCCAGAGGCGCUGGGAGAAGUGGCUGAGCGAGGCUCCCAGACACUAAUUACUACUUCCUGGCACUCGGGUGAAGAAAUGCAACCCGCCCAGCUCUUCGCCUUAUCCAGGUCUCCUUUCUAUUUCGGUGUCCACAGUCGUCUCCCUGAAAGCCAGAUCCAGGGAGAAGGCGAGCAGGCGGCCAGCUGAGGACUCUUUAGCCGUGAGGCUCGCGCCGGAGCGGGUUCAACCUGAGCCCGCCAAAGGCUCCUCGCUUCGGCCAGACUCGACCAGAGCAGAGCCCGGACCACUGAGUCAGCGACAGGAGGAACACUGUAUGUGAACGAUAACUACAAUGUGACCUGCAUGAGGAGGAAAGCUAGGAUCCUAGUAAAAUCACGACUACCCCUCUUUUCUUGUUAGUCGUGGCAUCUUUCUAGGGUUUAAAUGUUUAUUUGGCCACUUCACUACUAAACACAACAUGAAUAACUCAACGAACUCCUCUAACAAUGGCUUGGCUCUUACCAGUCCUUACAAGACGUUUGAAGUGGUAUUUAUUGUCCUUGUGGCUGGAUCCCUCAGCCUGGUGACCAUCAUUGGGAACAUCCUGGUCAUGGUUUCCAUUAAAGUCAACCGCCACCUUCAGACUGUCAACAAUUACUUCUUGUUCAGCCUGGCUUGUGCUGACCUCAUCAUAGGUGUUUUCUCCAUGAACUUGUACACCCUCUACACUGUGAUUGGCUACUGGCCUUUGGGACCUGUAGUAUGUGACCUUUGGCUAGCCUUGGACUAUGUUGUCAGCAAUGCCUCUGUUAUGAAUCUGCUCAUCAUCAGCUUUGAUAGGUACUUCUGUGUCACAAAACCUCUGACCUACCCUGUUAAGCGGACCACAAAAAUGGCAGGCAUGAUGAUCGCAGCUGCCUGGGUCCUUUCCUUCAUCCUCUGGGCUCCAGCCAUUCUAUUCUGGCAGUUCAUCGUUGGGGUAAGAACUGUAGAGGAUGGGGAGUGCUACAUUCAGUUCUUUUCCAACGCUGCUGUCACCUUUGGCACUGCCAUUGCAGCUUUCUAUCUGCCUGUCAUCAUCAUGACUGUGCUGUAUUGGCAUAUAUCCCGGGCAAGCAAGAGUAGGAUAAAGAAGGAAAAGAAGGAACCCGUGGCCAACCAAGACCCAGUGUCUCCGAGUCUGGUGCAAGGAAGAAUUGUAAAGCCAAACAACAACAACAUGCCCAGUGGUGAUGGUGGCCUCGAGCAAAACAAAAUCCAGAAUGGCAAGGCUCCCCGCGAUGGCGUGACUGAGAACUGCGUUCAAGGGGAGGAGAAGGAAAGCUCCAAUGACUCCACCUCAGUCAGUGCUGUCGCCUCCAAUAUGAGAGAUGAUGAAAUCACCCAGGAUGAAAACACAGUUUCCACUUCCCUGGGCCAAUCCAAAGAUGACAACUCUAAGCAAACAUGCAUCAAAAUUGUCACGAAGACCCAAAAGGGCGAUGCAUGCACCCCAACAAGCACCACUGUAGAACUAGUUGGGUCAUCAGGUCAGAAUGGGGAUGAAAAGCAGAGCAUUGUAGCACGCAAGAUUGUGAAGAUGACCAAGCAGCCUGCCAAAAAGAAGCCUCCUCCGUCCCGGGAAAAGAAAGUGACCAGGACAAUCUUGGCUAUUCUGUUGGCUUUCAUUAUCACCUGGGCGCCAUACAAUGUCAUGGUGCUCAUCAAUACCUUCUGUGCACCUUGCAUUCCCAAUACAGUGUGGACAAUUGGCUACUGGCUUUGUUACAUCAAUAGCACCAUCAACCCUGCCUGCUAUGCACUUUGUAAUGCCACCUUCAAAAAGACUUUUAAACACCUCCUUAUGUGUCACUAUAAGAACAUAGGGGCUACAAGGUGAAAGACCUUUUCAAAAGAAGAAAGGUGGCCACAUGGGGCUUGCGAAGAAGAGCAGGAACAAGAAAGCAGUCAGUGUGUAUAGUGAUCUGCCAUUGUACUUUAUAAUCUUACUACAAGAGUGCAAUUAACGAGCUCUAGAGUGACACACUCACCUUGCCCAUGCUCCAGUUUGAAAAAAAAGUAAAUAAACUUCACCUAAUACAUCCUGUUAGUUUUAGGAGCACUGAGACAAUGAAAUAGACAUGAUGAAAUUAUGGAUCUGAGAAAAUCUAUGCUGUCUCCUACUCUCUUGAAGAAGGGCUUCUGAAUUUACAAUUUCAAGUCUCUGCACAAGAAGAGUAACCUUGUUUGUUGUUUCUUUCUGUUGUUCCUAUGCGUCCUGGUGAGAAAUAAUUGCUACAUUACAUGCUAACACAGACACCUAAACAUAAGGAAGUGAACACUAUACAAUAAGAGACACGAAGAAAGAAAAUCAAAUAGGAUACGGAGAUGAUCUGCAAAGCACUGAACAUAUUCUAGGCUAUGCUGUGCUCUGACUUGAAGCAUUUCAAUGUAAUCACUGCUUAUUUCUUUUCUCUUCCCUCUCCCAUUAUGAAAACCAAGAGAACAAAACAACAAAACCCCAACUAGGUCAUACUAUUUUUUUCUACUAUUUUUGUAGUUUCUGAUUUUCUAUUGUAUAUGGAUAGUAUCUGCAGGACUUCUCCUAACUCUGGCCAGAGUCACCCAUGAAAAUGUGUGCUCUGCUACUCCCCACUGUGCUGUUGCAUUCUUGUUGGUGUACAAGCCUGUAAGGAUUUCAUUCACUUUGUUCCUUCGUGGGAAUAUUUUCACUCAUCUGGUUUUCUUCUCAGCUAACCUGUUUUAACAUAAUAGUCUGCCUAAGACACAAAUAUGCUUGGGAAACUAAAGUCAUUUAAAAUUCAAUUUUAAUCACAUUAGGAAAUGGUCAGUCUAGUUGGAGAAAGUUCACUGAGGCCAAAUGAAGUUUGAGAUGAGAAGACAAAAGAUCAGAAGGGCAAUCUGUUUGAACCCGAACCUGUCUGACCCAUGUGCAAAAUGUUAACGUGUACAACAUGAACUCCUGACUUUGUCAGCAAGAAUAUAGUGUUGCUUUGCACAUUUGGAAUUUUGAUUAGUUUACUGUGUCAACCCCAAGAGGAAAAGACCUUCUAUUUAAAAUCUCUUAGCAGAUGUUAUUCAAAUUAUAUUCAAAUGAGGUUUUCUACAACCAUCCUAAGACACAGGGGCGGGGAAAAGGGCCAUGCGAAAACAUUUACUAAGACUACCUGUUCCAUGUUCUUCUAAUUGUGUUCAAAUCUCUGUAAGAUUAUAUUGCUUCAAAAUCCUCUAAUCAGGAGAGUUAUAUUAAUCGUUGUGGCUUAAAUAUAGUGGAUAACCAAACAGAGGCAAAAUAUACCCAGAAAAUCUGAUGGAAGAACAUAUGGUUCUCUCCAUGCUCUUUACUGUCUAAUUUAACCACAAAUAGCUGUCACAGAAAUUAUUAUUAAAGGGUAACAUUAAACAGAUCAUGUCUGUGUAGGAAAUCUAUACUUGAUACUCUAAAUAAAUACAGAAUUAUAUCAAUCCAUACUUAACUAGUUUAUUUUUGUUUUCAUAUACUUUCUUCCAUUGUAAGUAAUAGAAUAUCAAUCCAUUUUUUAAUUUCAGGCCUAAUGGAUAGAAAUUAAAGUCAUGAAUUCCUUUUCAAAGUUCAGAUUUUCACUGAUGAGCUUCUCUGCCAGUUCCGUCCGUGUGCAUGGCAAGUUCAUCAGUGUGAAGUCUCAGGACUUAUCAGAGUUAUUUUGUCUGACUCUGCAUGUCAGUAGCACUCAGCAAGCUGGAGACAAGGAAUAUGAUAACAGCAACAAACAAUAUUGUAAGCUAAUAAGAAGCAAAGUUGCUAACAAUGUAUGUAUUUAUCCUUCAUGAUAAGAACUUCUUGAGUAAUUUCAGUUCUUUUAAACCUCAAAAUCUCCUAUAUGUAAAACAUAGCAUUGAUUCAAACAAAUUGAUUUAGUCUAUAAUUAGUCAAUGUAGUUCCUUUAGUUCAGAAUUACUAAAGUGUAAAUUUUGAAUUUUAAGACCACAUUUAUUUUUAUGUUGUUUCUUCAACUAAUUGAGUGGAGGAGACUUUACUCCAAUGAGCUUCUUGGUUUCUUGUAAGAAGAAUGAUCAAUCUGUGUUAUAUUCUAUUGUGAUGUAGACAUGGCUUCCACUGGGUCCACUACCUUGGAAGUCAGGAUUCAGUGUCUAUCUCUGUUUGCUUUAAGCCCAAUCCACCAUGAGCCAAUCUUUGUCUUGCUCUGAGUCUCAAUUGGAUCCUUCCCUUGAUUCAUUCUGUGCCUGAUAAUUUGCCACAGCUGCCACAACUUUAUUAAAAGAGAACUGUCAAGUUCAAGAAAAAAAAAAUGAAGAUCAUUCAACAAUCAUGGAAACCUUCUCUACCAGGAUCAAGAAAAAGGGAAGGACAUUGACAUGAUUAGAGUGAGACUGUCUCUGUCUCCACUAUUGCUGGCUUUGCUUGCUUUUCUGACUCUCAAGCAGAGGCAUUUUUUAGCCCCUGGACACUUAGUAAUACAUAGAGACAUAUUGAUUGCCACAUUGGGAGUAAGCCUUUGUAUCUAAUGAGAAGGGCCUUUGAAUGCUGCUGCACAGACUACAAUGCACAAGAUAGGCUCUCUCUCCCUCCUCCCGAAGAAAAAUGAUUUGGCUCAAAAUGGCAAUGGUACCAGGACUGAGAAAGACUGGUUUAUAUUAAGGGAUUUCUGAAGCCUCCCUUCUUAUUCCUCCAACAUUAAAAAAAAAAAUGUAAUGCAAAUUACUUGCCAGUUAGAAUAGAGCUCUCUCUUGCUAAUUAUGGGAUUUGAAAUUCACAGAUAAGAGCACAAACCACACCUAUUCUUUUCUUUCUUUUUUCAUUUCUUUCUUUCUUUCUUUCUUUCUUUCUUUCUUUCUUUCUUUCUUUCUUUCUUUUUUGUUUUUUUUCAAGACAGGUUUUCUCUUUGUAACAAGUCCUGGCUGUCCUGGACUCACUUAGAACAGGCUGGCCUUGAACUCAUAAAGUUCUGCCCAUCCCUUCCUCCUGAGUGCUGGGAUUAAAAGUGUAUACCACCAUACCCGGCCCCACUUAGACAUCCUAAUACCUGAUUAUGGCCACACAGCCCCUACCUUAGAGGCUGCAGCAUUCUCCAUGAACAUAUUCGCUGCUUCUAGUCUGAUUAGUUUCCACUGGAAACAUCAUUUUUUUUUCCAGACUAAUGAAGAGUCCCUUAAAGAAACAAUGAUUCAUCUUCUUUGCUUUCACUGAAAAUGUGAGUAGCUGUCAAGCCUUUAAUUUUUUUCUCUCCUCAUAGCAAUAAUGUAAAUAUCCCAGAGUGGUAUUAUAAAAAGAGAAGAUUGAGAAUAUGAAAAGAGCCAGCUCACUUGAGAAAAGAUGAUUGUCUCUUGGACAAUUCAUCAUUACCUUAGUGACAGCUCCCAAGUGUUGGGACAAUAUCACCAACAUAGUAAACUACGAAGGAUAAGAUAGACUGUCUGGCUUGAUAUAUGGAAUCUAGAAUCCCACAUUCUUCUGCUGUUUGCCUACUCACUGCUUUUUGAUCCUCAGGCGAUGACGGCAUGAGGGGAAAUUGGAUUUCAAAAUGAUACCAUUUAGCAACAGUAUUGAGUAAUGCAGCCAACUUUUAUUUUCUCGCGUUUAAUUCGUCGACAGUUGCUCCCCUCCUCAAUUUGGUAAUAUCUCCAUCAACAGCCAUAACACUGCUGUUACAAAUAGAUUAGGAAGGCACCCACAGCUGGAUAAACUUGUGAGACAUGUACUCUCAGCAUGUAUAUACAAUGCCAUGCCUCUCCAAUAGGCUUUUCUUAAAAGGGUGCACGCUGUAGCAUGAAUUAUAUGUAUAUUUAAUAUAUCUUCUCAUAAUAUGCUGUAUGCUUCAUAUAUAUUCUAUAAAUAAAAUAAAAUGUAUAAUAUAAAUACAUAUUUCUGUAUGCAAAUAAAUAACAUUAUACACAAAAUUGUAAAAGGCACUCUGGCAUAUAUGUUGUUUCAUAGGAAUAAGAGUGGAUUUAAAGUGCUCCAUUUAAAAAAAAAUCGUAUUUUGCAUCGAAGGAAGAGAUUUGAGAACAGGCAAACUUCUAUCCACAUUAAUAUUCAACUGAUUUAUCAUCUUUGUCUGGCACUGAUUUUAGAGAUCUCUUGGAGGAAUAAAUUAAUAAAUCUUGCUGGUAUCA